UAAUUUCCAAGCAGAUACUUUAAAGAUUCCAAGAUGGUCAACCGUGGAAAGAAAACCAGUGAUAAAGAAAAUGCAAGACCAGUUUCUGAACCUGAAAGUGGCUCUGAAAGUGCUGGAAACGAUAAACCUCUAAAGUCUAUCCGUCCUAUGUCAAGCAAUGGAAAGAAAGACAAGCGACGCAGAAAGAAACCUGAAACCUUUGGUCGCUACCUUCACAAAGUUCUGAAGCAAGUUCAUCCCGAUAUUGGAAUCUCAAGCAGAGCAAUGGGAAUAAUGAACUCAUUUGUCAAUGAUCUCUUCGAAAGGCUCGCCGUUGAAGCAGCUAAACUCGUCACUAUCAACCACAAGUCGACACUAUCUUCCCGAGAAGUUCAAACGGCAGUCAGGCUUUUGCUUCCCGGAGAAUUGGCAAAGCACGCGGUCAGCGAAGGCACCAAGGCUGUUGCAAAAUAUUCAAGUCAACAAUGA